AUGACUAUCUGUACCAGGGGUUACCGCCCAAGUUACCAUGGCAAACAAACCCGUAAUAUUGAUAGUUUCUCUUAUUUAAUCAAUGCAAAUAGUCAUGAAGGCAACCGGACACGAAACGCUAUGGGUGAAGGUGGGGUGUAUGAAGGAGCUCUGCGUGAUGGCCAAGACGGUGCUGAUGUUCGGACGGGGGUGUUUUCUCGAAUUUAUCAACCUAAAUAUCAACGAAAAGCAUCAGCUGACCGUGAAUAAUCAUAAAGAAAACGGCGAGGGAGUGCAGUGUUUUAGGGCCCACUCUUCGUUGUUUAUAUUCGCUUAUUCGGAGAGCUGCCAGCAGCCUAAGCUGUACGUAAAAAGUUAUCCGAAUUUUGAGCUUAUCGCCAUGUUUGAAGAUGAAAGAUCGGGCCAUAAAUCCCUCGCCUUCUCCGAUAGUUCGCUCCUUUUCUCGCUCGGCGAAAAGCCCGACUAUAAAGUGACAGCGUGGAACUGGAGAAGCAACGUGAAGUUCGCAGAGGGCAAAAACGAGCUGUUAUACGAAGAUCAAAUGCUCAGGUGUAGCUACGGCAGGCCGAUGUAUCUGGCCCAAAUGGGGAUAGGAUCCAAGAAAUUGUAUAUAUGGGACGUGUUUACCGUGUGCAAAACGAGCAUUUUCGCGAUACACGAGGUUCUUUUGGGCAAUCUAAACCCUGGGAACUUUCAAAAUGCUAUUUGGGGCAUGGACACUGUUGCCCUCUACAUUAUCGACGAUAGGGGAUGUAUUUAUACGGUUGACAGGGAUUUUUACUUGGAACUGGUGUUAGAUUUUGCCUCGUUGGACGUGCCAGGACCAGUAACACCCUCUAUAUGUUGGUUUCACCAUGGACUAUCUGUGUCAGGUCCAAACAAGGAAAUACGGCACUAUAAAAAAGUGGGUGCCACCUGGAUAUGCGACUCCAGCUAUCCAACCGAAAUGGUUAUCAAUGGCAUUAUUAGCGGCAAAUCUGACAAAUGUAUCGGUUACACAGAUAUGGGGGAAAUUGUGUCUUUCGGUUUUGCCGAAAACAGCAUAACCUGGAUCAGGCAGGGCUACUCAAACUACGAAGAAAUCUCCCUGAUUAACCCCAAAGGUGAUUUUAUAAUUGUCAGAAGAGGCCAAUAUAACCUGGACGUGCUCGAACUGGCAACGGGGCAAAAGGUGUCCACUAUUGCCCUAGAGGGCGCCAUAACCUCGAUAUCAGAAAACCCGCUCUAUCCUUUUCUGGCGUUGGGUUUUAGCACGGGGCACGUGCAACUGGUGUCGUUCUACAACGAAACCAAACCGUACGUGUUGACGGAAAUGUAUCUUACGGACGUGCCAAUUACGUCACUUCGGUUUUUUGAAAAUAGCAACCUAUUGGUGGCGGGAAAUUUUAAUAAAGGAGAAUAUUUUAUUAUACGGGGCCUACCGGGCACCCAAAUAGAAGUUCUGCUGCAGAUCGACGUUGGCCGUCAAACGACCGAUUACAUGCUGGUCGCGUCGCAGAACAUGAUGCGAUUCUUCGUCCUCCCGGUCACUCAGAAUAAAUUCUUCGCAGGCAAUAAGAUCAUAAGAUAUUGCAUCGUCGAUAAUAAAGUCGUCAAUGUCAAAACUUACUCGUUUGAAGACAAUCAGCUGUACUUCAGAAGGUUUUUGGCCCGAAAGGGACCAGACAGAGAUAGAGUGUUCAUCUUGUUACCGUUUGCCAAGCGCCACUUGGCAGUGGUCGAGACAAAAAGAGGCAGCUCGAUCAUCAAUAUCAUAGAGAACCUCAAGACUGGCCAUCAAAUGAAGAGAUUCUUGUAUAGAUCGAACUGGAGACACGUCAUCACUUUUUCUUGUGACGGAUUUACUUUUGUACGGUCCGCGGACCUUAAAACUGUCGAGGGUAUCGCCCUUAAUCACCACCGGUACUUACAUGGAGUCAAGAGUGCCACGUGUAACCCUUCCGCCACCAUUGUUGUCACUCUAGGUUAUGAUAAAAACUUAGUAGCGGUCCGCCUGUCCGGAAAAGAAGAAGACGAAAAUUUGAGACAACAAGUACAAGAUCAACACAAUUCGCCCAAGAUCGCGUUGAUGUUCAAAAGGCCGACCUACAGCUAUCCAAUCGAAGAACGCUUCAUCGGGAAAUCGUGGAAGGAGAUACAGAAGUUGAAGAACAUUGAGGCGGAAGAGGAGCAGUGUCGCGUGGAGAAAAACAAGAUUUUAAAAGAGUUUCAAGAUAUUCAGAAUAUUCUGCAGCAAUUGGUAAGCGACAAUCUAGAAGCUCCGGACAAUAAGAAGUUGGACCUAUUGGAGUUUUAUCUGGACGCGCAGUCGUACCAGAAGAAACAGCAAGCGAACAAGGAGGAAUGCAAGGAACUGGAAAUCUACCUGAAGCACCUUAUUUUAGCCCAAGAUACCGUCUCGGAGUAUAUCAUCAAUAACUAUUACAAACCAAUGGGGGUCCAAUGGCAGACUAUAAUGGGCAUUUUCAGCGUCCAGAAAGCGACCAACUACUGCCUUCUCCCGGAAAACCCCGAACAGGAGUUCACCUUACGGUGGAUCGAGGAGCAGCGGAGGAUCGAGCAGUUUUUAAGUAGCCAAGACACUUUCGAGCCCUGGAUGCCCAUGUCCAAAGAGAAAAUCCUGGAUUUGGUGGCAAAGAAACCGAUUGCCCCCAAGGAGGACUACACUGGUAUCGCGAACCUGAUCGGGUAUCAAGAGGAGGCCGAGCUGGACCACGAGAAGUAUCUGGAGUCAAAAGUGGCCAACGUCGGCACCGUUUCUCAGUUGUAUAUCGAGAAAUUCCCCGGACAUUAUAAGCAGAAGCAGAUCAACACCUUUUAUCAGACUUACUUGCAACAAACUAUGGCUGAGAGGGAGGUGUUGACCCUGAAGAAAGCCUACAACAAAUGUUUCCUGAACACGAGGGCGAUAAAAGAGAGAGAGAUGUACAACAUAAAAGAGAAAAAUGCUCGUCUAAGACACAUUAUCUCGGAGUACAACUAUUUCUCCGAGCGGCAUUUGGACAUAGAGAUUCCCGACCCCGAGUGGCACGACAUUGAAAACCCGGAAACGUGCAUCCUGCGGGUGAACGAUAACGAAGUACCGGUACGUCCCUACGUUUCUCCUAGCGAACAAGCGAUUUUGGACGCUAAAGCUGCCGAAGAGGAACGACUGAGGCUCCUAAUGUUGGCCGACGAUUUUAGAGAGCGAGCCCUCAUGACCAUGAUGAACGGAGUGUUGGAAAUACGAUGGGAGGACGAACUGAAAAAGGACGUGCCCAAGCCUAAAUGUAUGUUGGAAAAAAUCCCGGAAGAGUACAACGAGGACGACCUGCGUUCCAUAAAGGAAUACGAGGAAAAGGUGGCCCAAUUAAACAGCGAACGUGAGAAAUACAAGAGUUUACUCGAAGUGGAGUUUGGGAAACUCGCGACUAACUUACGAGACUCCGUGCGGAAGUUCAACCUGAAACUGUACGACUGCACCAAGUACAAGUUUCACAUCGAUUCCGGUAUGAACCAGGAGAAUCUCAUCGUGAACAGGCAGCGAUGGAUUCAGAAUCGACGGGUGGAUAUUGAUCGGAAAGAGAGGGAGAUUAUAGAAACGAUUAAAAGUUACGAGGCAAAAGUUGAAGAGAACCAGAAAAUCGUGACGCAAGUGAUAGAAGCGCUGGCCGAGUGUAGGAUUAAUUUGGAAACGAUGCAGGCGCGGGAGAAACAGUUCGAGAAAGUUUACCGGAAGGAGUUUCAGGAUAUGACGCCGGUUGUACAGGAAGUUGCUUAUAAGUUGUACAAAAAAAGACCAAAAUACAACUAUAAAGUAAUAAGCGGGGCCUCAAUAUUAAACGAACUGGCCAAAGGGGUGGCCACCAACGAAAUAACCUUCGCAAUGACCCAGGAAUGUUUGGAGUACAUGAAAGCCCUAGAAGCACUCGACUCGUUCGUGGGCCUACCGCUGACCAUCGAUGAAACCUCUUGGGCUCUAGUGUGCAAACAUCGAAGGUUACGAAUCGAAUAUGAAAUAAGGCUUCGCGCCGCCCAGAUGCAAAUACUCGAAGGGGAAGCGACUAUAGUGACGUUCCAGAAACGGAUCUCGACCAAAAAGGAGAAAAUCGCGAUGCUGAACGGCGACUUGGAAGCGACCAGACAGGAGAGGAUGCGGUUGAUCCAUAAUAAAGAGGUGCAAACGGUGCUGAGGAGGGGUCUGGUGGAAAUCCCGAUGACCGGCGAGUUGUACGAUGACUUUGUCGACGCCAUUUUGGUGCCGAAGUCCGAAAUUGAACGCGUGAAUCAUUUGAUAAACGAAGCGGGCAAAGUAAAACUGAAAACCAUCCAGCAGAACAUGAAAUUUCGAAGGACAAUGAUGGCCACCGAGUGGGAGCACAUGAGGCUACGGAUGACCAUAAACGACCUAAUAGAAAAAAAAAAGGACAUCGAGAGUGUUAAAUUUUCGAAAGAAAUGCAACAGUACCUGAAGAACAAAGCGCUGGGACGUAAGCCGGAGGCGGAGUCCUACGAGAUGGAGGUGGAGCUCCUCGCAGCCGCCUACGAGGACCGCCUCAAAGACAAAAAGGACAAAUUGAUGAAAAUCAAGCAUCAGCUGAAAACUUUCCGGGAGAGCAAUAAACGACUGGACCAGCUUAUUAAGGAAGUUAAUAUAGACCUGUGCCAUUAUAAGCUGGAGAAGGAUUAUGAUAUUGAGGUGAAGGAGAAGGACGUGAUUCAAGCCAGAAUGGCCGGAAUGCUGGAACGAAAUAUGUUAGUGCAAAAAAUCCAACAGAACCACAACGACAUUUUGGUGCUGCAAGCGGAACUGGAACUCCUCCGCCUAAGAACCUUCCCCACGUUCAAAUAUAAAAUAUUAGACGAAUAAUUUCGAUAUUUCGGGUUUGUUAAAUAUAAGUUUUAGUUCAUAAAAAAAAACAAA